GCUGCUUCAUAACGUGCCCGAGCGGGGGCCCUGCUGCCGGCACCCGGGGGGAUAUGGAGCCGGUGGGCGGCGGCGGCGAUCGCGGCUGCUCCGCAGACCCGGGGAGCGCCUUCGUGCUGAGUAACCUGGCGGAGGUGGUGGAGCGUGUGCUCACCUUCCUUCCUGCCAAGGCGCUGCUGCGGGUGGCCGGCGUGAGCCGCCUGUGGAGGGAGAGCGUGCGCCGGGUGCUGCGAGCCCAGCGCGGGGUGGCCUGGAUCUCGGCGGGCCCGGCGGACGGCGGCCACCCGCAGGAGCACUGCCUGGUCCGCGCGGCAGCCCGGGAGCUGCAGAAUGUUCACAUCCUGCCACAGACAGUUCUGUACAUGGCCGAUUCCGACACCUUCAUCAGCCUGGAAGAGUGUCGAGGACACAAGAGAGCAAGGAAAAGAACCACCAUGGAUACAGCAGUUGCCCUGGAGAAACUCUUCCCGAAACAGUGCCAGGUCCUCGGGAUUGUGGCUCCAGGGAUCGUAGUGACCCCAAUGGGAUCAGGCAGCAACCGACCUCAGGAAAUAGAAAUUGGAGAAUCUGGUUUUGCUCUACUAUUCCCUCAAGUUGAAGGAAUAAAAAUACAACCCUUUCAUUUUAUUAAGGAUCCAAAGAACUUAACACUAGAAAGACGUCAACUCACUGAAGUAGGCCUUUUGGGUAACCCCGAGCUGCGGGUGGUGCUGGUGUUUGGCUACAACUGCUGCAAGGUGGGGGCCAGCAGUUACCUGCAGCGGGUGGUGAGCACGUUCAGCGGCUUGGACGUCGUGGUGGCCGGAGGCCAGGUGGACAACCUGGCGUCACUGACCUCCGGAAGGCACCCUCUGGACAUCGAUGCCACCGGAGUGGUCGGGCUGUCCUUCAGCGGCCAGCGGGUGCAGGGCGCCACCGUGCUGCUCAGCGAGGACGUGGGGGACGGGCAGAGCGCCGAGGCCGCCCUGCAGCGCCUCAAGGCCGCCGGCAUCCCGGAGCGCAACAGCGUGGGCUUCAUGUUCGCCUGCGUGGGCCGCGGCUCGCAGUACUACAGGGCCAAGGGCAACGUGGAGGCCGAUGCCUUCAGGAAGCUGUUCCCCACGGUUCCUUUGUUCGGCUUCUUCGGAAACGGAGAGAUCGGGUGUGACCGCGUCGUCACUGGGAACUUGAUACUGCAGAAGUGUGGCGAGGUCAAGGGCGCCGACCUGUUCCACAGCUACACCACUGUGAUGGCGCUGGUGCACCUCGGGGCGGCGAAGUGAAGCCUGUCGCCGGGUCUCCUGCAGAAAGCCAGGGGCCCGGGCUGUGUCCCCCAAAAUGCUGUUCUGUGUACUUGUUUUGUAGCUCUGAUGCUCUGAUUUCUUCGGGGUAGUUUCCAAUGUGUAGGUGAGGGCAGCUGUGUGUGUCGCUCAGUGCAGAGCAGAAGCCGGAGGGACCAGGGCCGCGGCCACGCACCAGGCUGCUGGGCGCGGGUCUAACUCGGCUCCCGCUGGGGACUGUGUACGCCCAGGACGGGCCCAGACGCCCGGGGCCGCCUCUGCAGUGCAGGUGGGGGGCAGGAUCGCCAGGGCGUGUUUCUCCCCUAAUAAAGGAGAAAAGCAUUCGAUGGCUUGAGAAAUCUUUCUCUGCUUUACAGUUUUACCAAGUUUUUCAGAAGCUAUAACAAAAUUACUGACUUUUCACGUAUUUGAUAGUAAAGAACUAUUUUGUUUAGCACUCUAUAAAGUUAAUAGUGAAAUAAAUUCCCAAGACGAACAAGUAGUGUUGUAUUACUGUGAGGAAGAGUUUCUUUUCCCCUCAGACUUCUUUACAAGACAGAAAGGGACAUCGGUCUCGCCUGAGCCACCUUCCCCAGGUCUUCCUUACAGGGUGGCUUGUCGGCACAUCCGCCUGAGGGGUGACCCGCUGGUGCGGCCCUGCGGCGGCUCGGACCCGGAGAGCGUCGUGCGCGGUGAGUGGGAGCCAGGCGUGACAUUCCGCUUGUCACAUUCUUAGUGACAUUCUCUAGUCACUCUUCUCCGUUUUCACCUCGAAAGAUUUUUCUCUUCCUGUUUAUGUGAUGAAAAUACUUAGAAGUUUCUUGUUUUAUAGUAACCCUCAGUCUUAGUUCUGAAGAAAGUACCAAGAAAAGUUUGAUUGUCAUAGAACUGUUAGUCUGUGAAUAUAUUUAGCCAUGUUUGUUUAGCUAUUAACUUUUUAAAAAUUAACACUGGUACCGAUUAUCAAGUAGACAGUGCCUCAGAAUGGGAGCCCUUGGAUGUACGUACAUAGCACAAAAGGGAAGACUUUGUCCGUUGUCUUUGUCCCGUGAUGUUGGCCAGAGCUGGUUAAGCAGUAGAGGA